UAAUACAAUAUCAACACAACUCACCACUACAAUCAUUCUUCUCCCUUCGAUUCUUAACUUUCUCUCUCUACUUUCAAAUCCUUAUAUAUUUCCACUUUUUCCCAUACUUUCUACAAUAUGAACAAAUUAUUCCUUAAAUUUAAUUAAUCCUACAAAUAUAACCAUUAAUUGAUUUUUUUUCUUUUUGUUUUGGAGAAGAAAAAAUGGGAAGUAAUUUUGUUCAAGUGAAAGAAGCUACAGUUAUAACCCCUGUGGACCCCACACCAAAUUGUGUUCUUUCUCUCUCUACCCUUGAUUCCCAACUCUUUCUUCGUUUCACCAUUGAAUAUCUGCUGGUGUACAGUCCUUAUCUUGGACUUGACCGUAGACAGUUUGUUGCUCGUGUGAAAUCUGCUUUAGGUAAGGCAUUAGUACAGUACUACCCACUUGCGGGUCGGGUCCAAUCCAAGGGUGAUGGGUCUGGGCCUUUACAGGUGGUUUGUCGGGCCCAAGGGUCAGUGUUUGUUGAAGCUGUUUCGGGUUAUAGCAGGGUGGAUUUCGAGAGGGCCCCACUUUAUGUUGAUGAAUGGCGGCAACUAUUGUGGUUACAAGUAGAUGACGUUCUUAAAGGGGCCCCACCUCUUGUUGUUCAGCUGACGUGGCUUGCUGACGGGGCAGUGGCUAUUGGGUUUGGGUUUAAUCAUUGUGUUUGUGAUGGGAUUGGAAGUGCUGAGUUUAUUAACUCGUUUGCUGAGUUAACUCGUGGGGUUCCGGUCCGUGGGCCCAAGCCUGUUUGGGAUCGCCACUUGUUAGGCCCGUUUCAGUGUAAGAUGAGUGUCCGUGUUGACUCAGUGAGUCACCCUGAGUUUAACCGAGUUGAGGAUUGUUGUGGGUUCAUAGCAAGAUUCUCAAGGGAGACAUUAGUCCCAACUUCAAGUGUUUUUAGCAAGUGUCACAUUAAUCAACUCAAACGACAAACGAGUCGACUCAGUAACUCGACGUAUUACACGUCAUUCGAGGUUAUUUCGGCCCAUAUUUGGAGGUGUUGGGCUAAGUCAUUAAACAUGCCAUCAAACCAAGUCCUUAGGCUACUUUUUAGUGUUAAUUUUCGAAACCGUUUAAAAUCGGGCCUACCCGUUGGGUUUUAUGGAAACGGGUUUACGCUUGGGUGUGCCCAAACCACGGUUAAAGACUUAACCGAGAAGAGUUUAGGUUAUGCUUCCGAUUUAAUAAAAAAGGCUAAAGAACGGGUUGAUGAUAAGUACGUAAAAGAAGUGAUCGAGUUAGUAAGUGAAAAUCGAACAAUUCCUGAUUCAGUUGGAGUUUUAAUAUUAUCACAAUGGUCAAGACUUGGGCUAGAAAGGGUUGACUUUGGGCUUGGUAAACCAGCCCAUGUGGGUCCCAUAUGCAGUGAUAAGUACUGUUUGUUAUUGCCAGUUCAUAAUCAAAGGGAGGCAGUGAGGGUGAUGUUAGCUGUCCCCACAAGUGCAGUUCACAUAUACCAACAUUUAUUAACUAAACCUUUUUCUUCUAAUUACAACUUAAGAGUAUAAUCUUUGUUUAAUUAGGGUUUACUUUAAAUUUAGAUUGCCAAGAACAAUCUCAAAUAUCAAUUAAAAAAAUCGAAUUUUUUGGCGCUAUUAAUUAAUAAUAAGAUAUUGUAUGAUUUUUCAUAAAACCGCCUUUUGUAUGGUUUUGAUUAAGGUUAAUUAUUUUAGGAUUAACUAUCUAAUUAAUUUAUUGAUUUUUAAUCUAAUCUUAAUCAACUUGUUUCUUUGAUUAUUAUUAAAAAAAAUAUGGGAUUAUGCUCUUGUAAUGGCGCAUAUGUCU